CUGCCCGUUUUUGACGAAACCACCCACCGGCCAGGAAGGGCGGUGCCAAGCGAAGGCACAAUCAAGCGCGUCCCCCCCGCCCCCCCCUCCCAACCCCAAAUAACGCCAGUCCACAGACGAGCAAAUUGGCGAGUGUCAGAGCGAUUUCCAGAGAGAAGUUGUCAGUGUGUGACCGUGCAGGCCCACCCACUUCCAUUUAAGCACCAGGACAACACCCUCCUCGCUGCUCCUGCCUGUCACCGCCGUCGCACGCGCCACACGUCGCGGGGACACCUCGUCGCCGUCCGUCGCGCGCCGAAAACGAACCGCAACCAGAGCUGGUCUGGAGUAGGGGUGCUGUCUGUCUUUGACUAUCUUGUGGUGAUGGAGGAAGGGGUGGUAGAAAGAAGCUUGAGCUACACUCGCUCGCGAGAUUUGACGUGUGAGAUUUACGAGGAUCCCGAGCCGCAGAUGUUUCGGGAGACGCUCCGCUCACCGUCCGGAGACCUGCUCACCGUCUGGAGACCUGCUCAGUCCAUGGCUGCGCUGCUCGGGGAGGAACCACGGUUCGGCAGCACCCCGCUGGCCAUGCUGGCCGCCACCUGCAACAGAAUCGGCGAGCACACCUCCUCCUGCUCCCCCGCCCUGUCCGACGGAGCCCCGGGAUUUCUGAAGGGAUUCUACCCGUGGAAGAGGGCCGCUCAGGGGAACGGUGGCCUGAACGCCUGCCUCGCUUCCUUCGGAGUUUCCUCUGGAGCCCACAGGGCCAACGGGGCCCCGCUGACGGAGGCUUCGGCCUCUUUCCCCUCCGCCGCCGGCUCCUCUCUGGGGAAUGACUUUUCCAUGUACCAGACCGUCGUGCCGUCACCGGACGGCAGCGCGCCCGACCCCGCGCACGCCCAGCGGCCGGUGUUUCUGAGCACGCUGCCCUCCUCCGUGGAGAGCAUAGCGGGCAUAUAUCAGAGGAUGCACCCCUACGAUUCGUGGUUCAAGCCCGUGGGCGAAGUGGGUAACGGGCCCCCGGCUUGGUGGGACAUGGGCACCGGUUGGGCGGACUCGCAGAGCCCAGCCGGGUUGGCGCCCCCUCCGGGCGGCUACGGCAGCGAAUACAGCCCCGCGUUCAGCGGCGGCGCAUCCCAGCACCUGCUCCCCCCCACGCAGCACCUGUUCGACGGUUUCAGGCCACCCGUCCCCGCCCCGUACGCUGAGUCUGCGGCCACGCCGCCUCCGGCUCUGGCGGGAAGCCCGGCCGUUUCUCUUCCCGCGUCCUCGCGCCCCUCGUCCAGACGGUACUCCGGCAGGGCCACGUGCGACUGCCCGAACUGCCAGGAGGCGGACGGCCCGGGCCAGGAGGGCCCCGGCCCCCGGCGGAAGGCGGGGCUCCACAGCUGCCACAUCCCGGGCUGCGGCAAAGUUUACGGCAAGACGUCCCACCUCAAGGCCCACCUGCGGUGGCACACCGGGGAGCGGCCGUUCGUCUGCAGCUGGCUCUUCUGCGGGAAACGCUUCACGCGCUCCGACGAGCUCCAGCGGCACGCGCGCACGCACACGGGGGAGAAGCGGUUCGAGUGCUCCGUGUGCCGGAAGCGGUUCAUGCGCUCCGACCACCUCAGCAAGCACGUCCGGACGCACAGCCCGGAGGGCGCCGAGGACGGCGGGGAGCCGGGCCCGGGCAGAGGGGGCAGCGACACGGAGACCGGCGCCGGUGGCAGCCCGAGACUGUCGCCCGGAGUGCGCGUGCGUGAUGGCUCCACGAACGCCCAGGAGCAGAGGACCGAGUGAGCAAAGCAACACACGAGCCAAGGGCAUUUAUUCACACUGACUCGUACUUUUUUGAUAAAUAUACUGAUUAUCAUUUCCUAUAUUUCUUUUUUUUUUCUUUACAUCGUUUUCUUCCAUACUGAAAUAAAUUAAAUGGCACUUUAUGGUUCACUCCAUUUACGUAGUCUGUACUGUUCUUCUUACCUCAUUUGAUGUUCUCAGUUUUUUUUUCUUUUUUUCUUUUUUGCU